AUGGGCUCGUUCUUCUACGACGACCUCGCUGCCGCCCGUGGUCACCUCCCCCUUCCCGCACGCACCUUCGAACCCGAUGCAGGGUCUCAAAUCUCCAAAGCCGUCUUGUACAAGGUCCUGGCCGCCUCCCGCCUCGCGCAGGUGCGAGUGGCCGCUGAAGAGGGUCUGCUACCUGACCAGGAUGGGCUUCUGAGCCUGGCCUACUUCCAGAAAGGCGUGCGACCGAUUGUCGACCAGGAGGCGGCCCAGGAAGCCUCGCAAUAUGCAGUCAUGACCGAAGCUGGGGCCCUGCCGGGCGUGGAGGAGGCUCAGGCCCCACCGACAGCAGACGAGCCAAACGACCCCUCGCCCGACUCCGGGGUCGCGCUCGCGCAUGCCCAGGACCUGGAGCGCAGGGCGCAGCACGAGGAGGCGCAGCGGACCAGGGAUGCGGAGGCGGAGGAGGCCCGGCGGGCGUGGCAGGCCUCCAUUGACGAGGUCAGCGCCGACCUGGCCCAGGCCGAGGCCGGGGCCGCGGCCGCGGAGGCGGAGGCCGCCGCCGCCGCCGAGCGGCUGGAGGCCCUCACCGCCGCCAAGCACCAGCUGGUGCUGGACCUGAAGAAGGCGCUGAAGGAGGAGGAGGCCGCCAAGCGUGCGGCUGCGGAGCGUGAAGAGGGCGAGAUGUCGGUGGCGGCGGGGGCGGGUUUGGCCACGCAGCCGCUGUCGCCGCGCUCGACUGCGCCGCCCCGGCCCUCGCGCUGGUCCUUCCAGCCCUCGGCGGCGCCCGCCUUCCCGUUGGGGCUGGGCCCGCCCUCGGUCCGCGAGCCCGAGCCCUGGGGCCGAGCCCCGCCGCCGCCGACAUCUCGUGCCCUCGGUUGGCCAGCGGUGGGUCCAGGGUGGGGCACCCCCGCCCGUCCCGAGUCCAGCCGCCCCGACCUGAACCGCCCCGACUCCUCCCGCCCAGAGCCCGGCUGGGCCGCGCAUGGGCCCCCACCCGCAGGCAUGGCAUACCCCAUCGGCACGCCGGAGGGCGCGCCCCCGCCGGCGCACGAGCCGCACGCCGCCCGAUUCCGACCGCCCAGCCCGCCGCACCGCCUGCCAACGUUCGAGGAGCGCGAGGCCAUGCGCCAGGCCCAGCGCGCACAGCAGGCCCCGGCGCGAGGGGAGAGACCCGAGGAGGGCGAGGGGCACAGGGGUCGGCGGGGGGGCGGGCUGCGCCAUGCUUGGAGCGGGGGCGGACCCCCGGCCCCACACCACCCUCGGUGGUAA